AUGGGGGACGCAUCGGCCUCCCUCCCCGCUGGAACUACAAAUCCCAGCAUGCCCGGCUUCGCCCCGUUCCGGUUGGACGGGAGGGGGGAGCGGGGGACGCAGCAGACUCCCUCCCUGCGGGGACUACAAAUCCCAGGGUGCCCCGCUUCGCCCCGUUCCGACUGGACGGGAGACGCGUGGGACGCCUUCCCCACGGGGACUACAAAUCCCAGCAUGCCCCGCUUCGCCCUGUUCCCAUUCGCGGGGGAGGGUGGGAACGGGGGACGCAUCGGACACCGUCCUUGCGAGGAUUACAAAUCCCAGCAUGCCCCGCUGUUCCCCGUUCCGAUUGGACGGCAGGGUGGGAACGCAUCGGACUCCCUCCUUGCGAGGACUACAAAUCCCAGCAUGCCCCGCUUCGCCCUGAUCCCAUUCGCCGCGGUUGAGGGGAGGUGGGAAACGCAACAGACUCCCUCCCCGCGGGGACUACUAAAUCCCAGCAUGCCCCGCUUCGCCCUGUUCCCAUUCGCGGGGGAUGGGGGGGGGGAACGCAGCAGACUCCCUCCCCGCGGGGACUACAAAUCCCAGCAUGCCCCGCUGUGCCCCGUUCCGAUUGGACGGCAGAGUGGGAACGGAGGGGACGCAUCGGACUCCCUCCUUGCGAGGACUACAAAUCCCAGCGUGCCCCGUUUCGACCUGAUCCCAUUCGCCGCGGGGGGGGAGGAAAUGCAGCAGACUCCCUCCCCGCGGGGACCACAAAUCCCAGCAUGCCCCACUCCGCCCCUUUCCGACUGGACGGGAGAUGCGUCGGACUCCCUCCCCACGGGGACUACAAGUCCCAGUAUGCCCCGCUCCUCCCCGUUCCGACUGUACGGGAGACGCGUGGGCCUCCCUCCCCGCGGGGACUACAGAUCCCAGCAUGCCCCGCUGUGCCCCGUUCCGAUUGGACGGGAGGGUGGGAACGCAUCGGCCUCCCUCCCCGCGGGGACUACAAAUCCCAGCAUGCCCCGCUGUGCCCCGUUCCGAUUGGACGGGAGGGUGGGAACGUAUCGGCCUCCCUCCCCGCGGGGACUACAAGUCCCAGCAUGCCCCGUUCCGACUGGACGGGAGACGCGUGGGCCUCCCUCCCCGCGGGGACUACAGAUCCCAGCAUGCAACACUCCGCCCCGUUCCGAUUGGACGGGAGGGUGGGAACGCACCGACCUCCCUCCCCGCGGGGACUACAACUCCCAGCAUGCCCCGCUUCCCCCCGUUCCGAUUGGACGGGAGGGUGGGAACGCAUCGGCCUCCCUCCCCGCGGGGACUCCAAGUCCCAGCAUGCCCCGCCGCUCCCCGUUCCGAUCGGAGCGCGCGUGCGCGCGCGCGGCCCGCCGGGGCCCGUAG